GUCGAAUGUCGAUAUUUUUAAUGUACUCUGUGAUGUCGAUCGACAAAUCAAAUGUAAAUUAAACCUAGAAUAUUUAUUAUAAAUAUUUAUUUCUAAGAGUAUUUACUAAUGUAAGGAGAAUCUCAAUAAUCAAAAAGAAGUUAAACAUGGAAACAAGGGGCUAAAAGUGUUCAAAAUUAGGGGCGGCUUCCGUCCUUGUGAGCUCCAAAAUUUUGGUCUGGUGAAGUAUAGCUGGCAGGGCUCGCAGAGUUUCUGAGAUGGCACAGGUGGGAGCUAAUAUGGAAUAUCAGGAGUACAAAUGGGCCUACUCAAUUAUGGACUCUUCUAAAGUGUCAGCAUGCCUUAUUUCUAUGCUGCUGAUAGUCUACGGCAGCUUCCGUUCCCUCAACAUGGAGCGCGAGGCACGGGAGAGAGCAGAGAAGGAAAGAGAGGCCAGCCUGCUCGGUGGCGGGAAGUCGACCACCAGCUCGUCGUGUAACAGUAAUGUACAAACGCUAAGCACAAUGCAGGCGUUGUGCUUCCCUCUGGGCUCGUCUGUGGCGCUGCUUAUCAUGUUCUUCUUCUUCGACUCGAUGCAGACGCUAGUCGCCAUAUGCACUGCAAUAAUAGCGUGUGCAGCGCUAGCGUUCCUCUUGACGCCACUGUGCCAGUAUGUGGCGGGCGGCGGAGUGGCCUCGCGGAGUGCGCUGUGCGGCCGCUACACCGCGCCCGAACUUGCCGCCGCGCUGCUGGCCGCCGCCAUAGUCGCCGUGUGGGUGCUCACAGGGCACUGGCUACUUAUGGAUGCGAUGGGCAUGGGGCUGUGCGUAACGUUCAUCGCGCUGAUCCGCCUGCCGUCGCUGAAGGUGUCCACGCUGCUGCUGACCGGCCUGCUGCUGUACGACGUGUUCUGGGUGUUCUUCUCUUCCUACAUCUUCACCACCAACGUCAUGGUUAAGGUUGCUACCAGACCAGCUGAGAACCCAAUGAACGUAGUGGCGCGGCGGCUCCAGCUCGGCGGCGCCAUGCGGGACGCGCCCAAACUGUCUCUGCCCGCGAAGCUCGUGUUCCCUUCCAUGCACCAUCAAGGACACUUUUCUAUGCUCGGUCUCGGAGACAUAGUGAUGCCGGGUUUAUUACUGUGUUUCGUGUUGCGAUAUGACGCCUACAAGAAGGCGAAUCUCGUUUGCCAAAUGGGUCAAGUACCUGGACCAAGAUCUAUGGGUUCCCGGCUGACGUACUUUCACUGCUCGCUGCUGGGCUAUUUCCUGGGGCUGCUGACGGCGACGGUGUCGGCCGAGGUGUUCAAGGCGGCGCAGCCCGCGCUGCUCUACCUCGUGCCCUUCACGCUGCUGCCGCUGCUCACCAUGGCGUACGUCAAGGGCGAUCUCAGGAGAAUGUGGAGCGAGCCCUUCAUUCCGCCGGCCGGCAAGCUGGGCGCAGACUUUGACGUGUGACUGCGUGUGCGCGGCUUACGGACAACGCUACUGAAGCCUGGACAUCUCCAGUUAGUACAUCUUCUUUAGAUACUACCUAUUUUAUAAUGCGUAUUUUAGAUAAAAUCAAAUUGUAAAAUAAAACAAACUGUAGAUUGGAACUUUAGAAGAGUAAGGAUAUUAAAUUUCUAGGCGUGAGAUUAGAAGAGUAUUGUGAAAGAUGCGUUCUAUUUGCGUACUGGAGGAGGGAUAGCACGCACGUUUUGUUAUUAAAUAUUUUAUGAAGUUUACAUUACUUGAAAAUACCUACUAUAUUGACUCAAUUGAUAUUUAUUUAUUUUACUUUCGUUUAAAUAAAUGUUACAACCACUGACCUCCACUAAUACAAGCACGCUGGACCUGCGAUUGCCGACUUGUUUUUGAAGCAACUUGAUUUUCAUUAUUUUGAUGCUGAUAGUGGUAGUGAACGUCAUGCGAGCGUACGCGGAACUAAAUGUUUAGUGAUAAAACAUAGUGUUAACACGAAGACCACUUGACGAUAAGAGCCAAAUUUAAUUCCCAUCCCGGUACGCUUGGUGGAAGCUUCAAAUAGGCAUAAAAAAUAACUGUCAUUUUGCAUGGCCCACUUCCUCCUGCGUACUUGUAUAAUACGUCUAUUUAAGUGGUUUCAACGGAUAAUAAUUAUGUUCAAUUUUGUCGUAAGAAACUUGAAGAUGUUUCAAAGUAUCUUUGAACUGAAAACUCUGUACAUUUAUUUGUCAUUAUCAUAGAUGUUUUUCAUAAAGUUAUUUCUGCUAUUAAGAGUUGACUGUAUUUACCAUUCAAAGUAUCCAUAUUCCAUGCACAACCAAGGUAUAUACUUGCCAAUCUAUAAGUGCGCGACAGGUUAGGAUGGCAACCGGGCUUACCGGAGGACGUACACCAUUUAUUAGUGGAAUGUGUGCGGAACGAGGCGGAGAGAUGGGAGAUCUGCAAUAGAUUUCCCAUUCUUCGCCAGGUCGGCGGCUGUAACGGUGCCCUAUCCCAACCUCUGUCGGAUGAGGCUAGGGCACUGUUACGGCUGUACAAGAAGGCCUUAAAUAAGUGGUUAAGUAUAAUAUAAUGUGGCCUUACGGAGUGGCAUUUUCCAGAUGGAAAAAACUCCCAAAAAUCGAGAUUUAAACAAAAAAAAACCGGGCUUCCGACGCCCCGCACACCCGCACAGCUUCCGCGCUAACAGCUGCGGGUGUGCGCGGGCGAGACGUGCGGGUGAGCGCGGGCGACGUGUGGGUGUGCGGGGCGUCUACACGACUCAUAUCCCGAUUUCCAUCUAUCUCAACCUGUUGCGUACUUAUACCUAAUCAUUUUUUCUUAGGUAGAGUAUGCGCAAAACAAGUAGUCCAAUCUGAAGUUGAAACAUGGCGGUUGGCGCAGGUCUAGACUACGGUAAAAUACACAAGCCCUUGUACGCCUCAUGUUCAGAUUCCACUACUUUUUUGCGCGCACUAUAAGAAAACGGAUGCAGAAAAAGGAAAUUAAAAAAAAAUUGGACAUAAAUUGUUAUGGCAUCGGCUGUAAUGUACAAUCAGUUACAUAAAGUUAAUAUUAUGAAAUCAUUUCAGAAAGGAACUUAAUCGAUAUUACUAACUUCUAGUAUGAUUUUUAGAGCCAUUACGCACUGUCGACUGUGCGUAAUUGGUUUUAAUUCAAUGCACGAAAUCUAUACUGGUACUGAUUUGUUAUUAUUAUUUAUCUCAUUCUUAUUAUAUAUUUUAUGACCUAAGAAAUGAUAACAAACAAUAUUUAUUAAAGAUGCACUUUUAUUUAUAGGUUAGUUGGUUUGAUUUUGUUAUAAUAAUAAUUUUAAAAAGUAUUUUUUCAAGUUGCGAUUUUCGAUUCAAAGAGUGCAUAGUUAUAUUUUUUCAAUCGACCAUGAUACACACCAUUGCAAAAAAACUGGCGCCUAUACAAAUGAACUGUAUGAGCCCCUACCAUAAGAAGUGAUUUCUUCAGAACACAGUAUUUGCAUAGCGUUCUCUUGGUCUUGGCCUUUCACAUAGUGAAAGCAGAGCUUCUUCAGAGAAAAUACCAUACUCCUCUUUACUUUUGUUCAGGAUACACAAUUUCUUGUGUAAUCAGAACUUCAUCAGAGAACCGCCCAUUUUUUUGCAAUGGGUUUUAUUUUGUUUACUCAUUAAGUAUCUCAACAAAUACUAUAUUAUUGAGAUUAAUUUAUAGGAAUUAAAAAAUAAUUUACUAUUUCAGGGUUAAAGAUGAAUAAAUUUAAUAAAUCGCUUUUCUGGAUAAAAUAACAAAAAUAAUUAUUUUUAAGGAACACCUUUAAUUUAAAAAUAUAUCUAUUUUGAAUCUCUUUUCAUCUAUGCAGACUCGAAUAUAAUUUUCAAAAAAUCAUGUUUUUACGUUACUUACACAGCAUUCUCUGUAUUAGGCAUCUAAUUUACAAGAACAUGUAACUUCUUGUAUAGUAAGUAUCUUUAGAGAAUUAAUUUGUGGAUAAAAGGAACCAUUCAAAUAAUUUUAUUGAAAAAUAACUCAAAUAAUGGUAAAUAUUCAGCAUGCCUGUCAUAAUGAGAAUAAUUAAUUAUUUAUUACUUAAAAAUCUUUUUAUCUUCAUACAAAGUAAUAGAUCCCUUAGAAUCUAAGAUUUAUUCUUGUAAUAAUAUGAACAAAUUUUGUUAUCACUGCCUUAGACUGAUGUUAAAAACAAAGUUUUCUAUCUGUUAAAAAGUAUUAUAGAAAAAUAUUAGUCUGAACUAGAAUUUAGACUAAUCAAAUGUUAUAAAAAUGAAACAGCAAGAAAUGUUGUAAAGUAUUUGAUGGAAUUUAACUAAAAAAUGUUACUUUAUAAAUUAUGUAUAAUACCUACUUAAUUAUUAAAAAUUAAGUGUUUCAGUAGUCGUGAUUUUUUAUUUUCUUUUUGUAAAUUUUUAUACUUCUCUUAUUUUUACAUUUUAGUACCUAUCUAAUUAUGAAGUUUAUUGUGUGAAAGUGAUAUAGUGAACAGCAGUAUUGUUUUGUAAUGGUCGUGAUGAUAUUGUAUAUUGAGGCUUCUUAAACUAGAAUGUUUUUGAUUAAUUUUCAGUGUAACAAUUUUAAGAUGUGUGGUAAGGAUAACUUUACUGAUCUUGAGUGAACUGGUUGACUUUAUUGUGCAUUAGAAAAGUACAUUUUAAGCUCAUUUAACUGACCAGUUUUUCCCAUGAGGGGAAGAAAAUUUGAUGUUUCAGGUCUUGCUGUAGUAGGUCUACCUUUUGAGAUUACCUAUCGUAUAAUUACGGUCAUGAAGUGGGUGGUACCUUAUAACCCUAUCCCAUUCCCUCAUCAACUAACUACAUGCUGUCUCUUCCUCGUGCUGCAUAAGACUGCCUGGGGGAGAUCUUGAGCGAUCCCCCUUCUCAGUUCAGUACCCAUCAGCUGGCAAGUAAUUAGGAGCCAAGGCCUGAAAAUUCCAUUUUAUUCCCUUACAUUGGUUUAUUUCGAUUCUGUGCUAUAGCCUGACCCUUUGAGAUGUGGUCUUAAAUCUACCGGCAGCUUGUUUGCUAUAUAAAGCGCAGCAGAUUUUUAUAGCCUUUUAAGGAAUAGCUAUACCUUCGGUUAUGUAUUGAAGAUAACCAAGUUGGUAAAUAAGAUCAACGAAAUUGUCAUGUUGCGGCUCAUAACUCCAAAAGUUAUUAAAAUUUCUAAGCAAAGAAAAAACAUAUUUCAUGAUCAGACCUAGGCACAGAACCGAAACAAAAAUAUGUUUAUGAUAUCUCUAAAAUGAUUUCUUUUGCCAAUGAUUUUGUAUUCGUAUUUUGGUAAAUAAAUAAUCAAUAAUGAAUGUUUUUGUAAAAAGGAAGCCUUAUGGUGCGACUUAGUCUGCUCGUCUAUCACACCUGCUUAUUUCAGUAACUACUAAUGCUGUCAAUUUCGGAUUAUUUUAAAUAAAACUCGUCCAAACUUAUUGCUGAUGAAAUAAUUAAAAAAGAUUGUCAAAUAAAAAUGGGGCCGCAAUUUCAAAGUAGGGUUCCAGUCAGUGCAUAUAAAAAGGCUUUACUUCCAAAAUUUAAGAUAGGUAGGAACUUAAACUUAUUUUUUAAUUUUGAAGCCUCUUUUGAAGUCUUAUGAAUGAAAAAUGUGAAAUAAUAGAAAAUCUUAAACAACUAGACAAACUUUUUGAACAAUGAGCAAAACUUAUAACACUAUUUUCUCAAAAUCAAUAUAAUGUGGCUUGAUACAUUUUGGCAUAACUGGAUCCAAUUUAAUCAAAUAACUAUUAAUUCACAUUUCUUUUCAAGCUACGGAACUUUUGGUAGGCGAGACUGACUCGCACUUGACCGUUUUUCAUUUUUGUACAUAUAACUAACUUGUAAAAUUGAUGUAACACAAGUAAGCUAUAUCUGUCUCAUCACAUGUAAGAAUGUAAAUAUUGCCCACACAUGACAUUCUACUUACCUAAAACUAGGAAAAUGCAUUUAAUAUUUUUAUAUGUAUGUGUGAAAAUUUACUAACAAUACUUAAUAAAAAUAUUAGAUGAA